ANGCUAUUAAUAUAUAAAUUCUAAUUUAUUUUUUUUAAUUACUUAAUUUAUUAUUACAAAAAUGCGACCACUUACUGAUGACGAAACUAGAACCUUGUUUGAAAAAUUAGCAAAAUACAUUGGAGAAAAUGUGAAAAUGCUAAUAGAUCGACCAGAUGGAAUUUAUUGUUUCAGACUUCAUGGAAAUAGAGUGUUUUAUAUCAGUGAAAAGAACAUGAAAUUGGCCUGUAAUGUACCAAGAGAUGAUCUUGUUAGCUUUGGAACCUGUUUUGGGAAAUUUAACAAAGCCAUGCAGUUCAAGAUUCAAAUCACUGCUUUAGAUUUUAUUGCUCCUUAUGCAAAGAAUAAAAUAUGGCUCAAACCUAAUGCUGAACAACAAUUUCUAUAUGGUCACAAUGUUUUAAAAACUGGCCUCGCUAGAAUAUCUGAAAGCACUUUAAGGUAUCAAGGAGUGGUUGUGUACUCAAUGAAUGAUUUGCCAUUGGGUUUUGGAGUUGCUGCAAAGUCUGCAGAAGACACUAGAAAAACAGAUCCUUUAGGUGUAAUUGUGUAUCAUCAAGCAGAUAUAGGGGAAUAUCUUAGAAAUGAAGAACAUUUAUCUUAGUAUCAUACUUAUUUUUGUAUCAUUUGUAUAUAAUGAGAAUUAAAGUUUUUAAAAUAUUGCUUAUAAA